CAAAUAGUCCUUUUCCCUUAUAUUUCGAUCGAUUUUACUGUUCUUAUAUCUACAAAUCAUUCUUCUUUGAAAAUCAAGAAGGUUUCAGACUUGAAGCUCUUUAUCUGCUUAACAGAAGUCGAAUCUCACAAGAUGCAAAGUAGUAUUUAGAACAGCUUUUAUUUGUUAAUAUUAAUCCCAAAUUAUAAUAUUGAUGUGGUUGAUAUUAGCAGGUAAUGGUAACACAAUCGUUAUGUUUGAAAGUCUAUCUCAGAAAGCGAGUCUUACAGUGGUUUUCUAGAUCUGAUGAUAAAAUUGAUAAAAAUGGCUUUUGGUAAUAUUUACAGGAGAGUUCUAGCAUCUAUUUUCAAAGUGAUCCAUUUUGUGCAGAGCUACAGUAUAUUAUAUUCUAAGAUAUUAAUAAAUGUGCAAGCAACCCAUGUCGUGUUGGAACCACUUGCAUUAAUGGUGUCAACAGGUUUCCUUGCAGAUGUUAUAAUGGCAAAAUAGGUCUACUCUGUGACACUGAUAAGAUUGCAUUUUUCUUUGCCGUAUAUUCUUUUAUUUCUGUUUGAUGAAAAUGAGGACUGGAAGUAUUUUAUGCAACUUAAUGAUAACUGACGAAUAGAUACAAAGGCAUAAAUCAAUCCAUUUAUCAUUACAAACAAUCAUUUAAUCACAUAAAUCAGUCAUUUAAUCAUCCCAAAUCAAUUAAUCGAUCGUUGAACCAGUCUUUUAAUCGAUCGGCGAAACAGUCAAUCACUCAAGACAUUCUCAAUUGACAAUCUUCUUUUCUUACAAGCUUGUUGGCAAAAAUCUGAAAAAAACGAUCAUAGGGAACUGAAAGAAAAAAGAAUUCACAGAUAUUAAAGCGAUUCAAAAUUCAUCGCAUUCCCAUUUGAGGUUUAUACUAUUCUUUUUCUUGACUUCAGCUCGAGAUUACGUCGGCUGCUACAAAGAUAGUAGAACGAGGGCACUCCCGCAUGUGAGAGGGCUAGACGUUUCCGCAGGGCAUCUUACAGCUAACUGCAUACAGGCUUGUUUCGCAUCCAAUCAGGCAUACGCAGGGCUGCAAGCUGGUAGUCAAUGCUUUUGUGGAACAUCAUAUGACAGAUACGGGAUAGAUGGAGACAGCUCUUGCUCUUCACAAUGCCGAGAUAGCACUGGAAUGUAUUGUGGUGGAGGCUGGAGAAAUUCCGUUUACAAAACAGGCUACAUUUCACGUAAAAGACGAUGAAUUUGGGCUUAAAAGAUGCAAAGAUUCUGAAGAAAAGGUUGAAAAGUACGGAACCUUGUCAAGUUGGGGGUUUGAAAACAUUGUCAUGACCACUGACCAUUAAAACUCUUGGUCAGAGUUGUAUUUAAGUUUAGCUUAAUUUUUCUUACUUUAAAGUUUAGCAUUGUAAAUAAAAAUUAGCGCGAAAAAAAUCAUAUCUAAAAAUUUAUUGUUAGUUAUGUUAUUGAUUAAAAGUUUUCGUUUAGGAAAUGUCAUUUGCUAAUGUUUUGGCUUCCCUUGAAGUGAAUAUUGCCAAAGAAUUUACGCAAGAUUAAUCUUGCCUUAAAGUUUAUUGAAAAAUUAAGAACAGGCAACCUGCACCUUCAUUCUCUGGUUCUUUGAAACUAACAGAAUGUACCCAGAAAGCAUUAUAUGAGAUGUAUUUAUUGAUUGAAGGAUUAAUUGAUUGUAGUGCAGUGAUUGAAGUGAUUGCAGUGACUGAUUGGUUGAUUAUAAUAUAAUAAUAAUUAUAAAUAAUUUGUUUAAAGUUGGCCUACUAAAUGAACGUAUGAUAGCUAAUAAAGAAGCUAAUUAAGGUCAACUAUCUAUAAAGAAUUAGUAUUAAAUAAAUAUAUGAUACAAUAUUAAAAAUAUUUAUGCAACGACUGAUAUGGUAUAGCGCUAAAAUGUUUAUGCAACGUUACAAUAUUAAAAAUGUUUAUGGUAUAAUGUUCUGAAUAAAACCUAAUCCAGCAAUAAAUAUUUUACACAAUCUACAGUCGCAUUCUAUAGGGUGUGCUCUUAAUCCUUUUUUAAUUGUUGCCAAUGAUUGGGACUCUCUUAUACUGUAAGGUAGUGUUUGCCACAGUUUUUGACCUAAAUAUCUCACAGUUUCUAUACCAUAAGAAGUUGUCCUGGCUUUUGGAAUGCAAAGAUUAUUUUUAGUUCGCAAAUCAUGAUGUACAUUUCUUGUUUCAAAAAUUUAUCGUAGAAAGUCUACUGUUUCAUUAAAGAGUAGGUUCGUACAUGGCCAUAAAAAGCACAGAAAAGCGGAAACAUGGAAUACUAAAUUAGUCUUUCUCUGUCAGCGCUGUCUGUCAGAGUUUAAACAUCGGAUAAGCUUGAAACCGCUGUGAAAGAGGAUUUUUAGAUUUAUUUAGAGCAUUGAUUCAUUAUCGUUAAAUGGUAAUUGUAAAGCAAUGAAUGUUCAAAGAUAGAAAAUAUGUUGGACAAAUUCUGGCCUUAUGCAGUAUUCCUUGCAUCAAUGCUAUCAUUAAUGGCCAAUCAGAAAGCAUGUGAUUGAUACAACUAACAACCUUUACUUUGAUAUCCAAUGAUUGCCUUUGAAAGACCUUCCUAAACUAUAUCAAAUGCAUCAUCACUCUAGUAAUUUAGAAAAAAGUAGAUUUAUUGAUGGGAGGAUAUAUUUUUCAAGCGGUAGGGCUAAAAACUUUCAUAACUUAUUUAAAACUGUUUUGACAUUUUUCUCUGAAACUGCUAUUUAAAAAAGCAACUCAAAGGUGAAGAAAUCUUAAAAAGUCCCGGAUAACACGAUUUGAAUGAUUCUUCCGUAAAUACUUUGAAGUAGGGCUAAUUUAGACCAUGAUAUAUUGUCAUUUGAGGUAGCAGGGCUAUUAAAGUCACCUUUAAGGAAACGUGGAAGAGCUACGACCAUGCAAAAGGAAAGGCUGUCUGCAAGUUCAAGAUAAAAGGCAAUCAUCCCACGUCCACCUUGUAGUAUGCAUUGGCUAGCCUUUGCAGUGUCUAGCCUAGCGACGAAAGUAAUUUUGAAGUCUUCUAUGAAGAGCUAGACGAAGCUAUCAAGAAUAAAAAAUGAAAUGAAAUUAAGAUAGUGAUGGGUUUACAAGAUGACAAACUAACAUAGAAUAGAGCUAAUAGGCAUCAUGAAUGUAUCAACAGAAUUUUUGAAAGAUUUUUAAAAAUCAAGGUCUUCCAGUCAUUUUCUUUUCAAUUAGAAAUCCAAGGUUCUGAUAAAUGGGGCAAAGACGAUUAGAUUUUCAAAAAUCUCAAAAAUAAGUCUGGAAUAGUGGUUUGGAAAUUUAUUUCUCCAACAAUUGUUUCUAAGCUUUUGCCUGAAAGCUGACAAAUCUUCGAAGUAGAUAGAUACCUCAAUUGAAGAACUAAAUCAAACUGUUUUCCAUGUGUGGGUAUCAUUGAAACUGUUUCUAUGACACUAGGCAACCGAAGAGUUUGCUUUAAAACUUACAUUAAUUAUGCAAAUGUAAGUAAGCUAGUAAUGCUUAAUUAAUAAUGCGUGAGGUUAGCUUCAAAGAAGAAUCAAAGAAGAACGAAGCAAAAGCAACACUGGAAGCUAGAAGAUAACUUCAACUAUAAAGUAAGUUUUAUAUUGGUUAUUCCUCGGUGGAAUGGUAAGAGGUGAGUCGGUCACUCGAUUACCUUGGUUUUCAAGACAAAGCACAUGAUAAAAUGUUAUCAUACGUUGUUGGUAAUCUGCAUCUACACGAAAGCAUUUUAAAGCUGGCUUGGGGUUAACCUAAAGUAUUGAAGGUUGCUACCGAAUCUACCGGUUACAUUUAACAGGAAACUGUGAGUUUGAAAUCAAGAUAUCCAUCUGGAGAACACAAGUUGCGAGUCAAAAUCAGCUAUAGCCUGCAAAAACUAUCUAUAACUUACGGACCAUGUCAACAGAUCUAUUGCCCAUCAUUGGAGUUUCAAUGCACUUGACGCUACUAGUUUCAUUGUUUUGCUUUGCUACAAUGAUGGCAAUCGAAAUCGAUAGUUCAAGUAAAGCUGUUUUCGAAGAAGUUCAUAACCCAUCACAGACAAUGACAAGCAUGUUUCAUAAGACUUUCCAUCAAUGCAGCAUGGACAAGUCAUGCCGCUUUGUUAUUAAGGAUGUCAAGAAUCAGAAGUUUUAUAGAUUGACUGAUCAACAUGAUUUUCCAGCCGAGAAGUCCAAUCUCAUUAUUUGGGUCAAGAAACAAUCAGACAUCAAUAAAUGUGCCAGCAGCCCGUGUCAAAAUGGAGGCACUUGCGUUGACGGUGUCAACGGAUAUACAUGCAAAUGCGUUGAAGGAUACGGAGAUCCACUUUGCAAAACUGACAUCAAUGAAUGUGCCAGCAGCCCGUGUCAAAAUGGAGGCACUUGCGUUGACGGUGUCAACGGAUAUACAUGCAAAUGCGUUGAAGGAUACGGAGAUCCACUUUGCAAAACUGACAUCAAUGAAUGUGCCAGCAGCCCGUGUCAAAAUGGAGGCACUUGCGUUGACGGUGUCAACGGAUAUACAUGCAAAUGCGUUGAAGGAUACGGAGAUCCACUUUGCAAAACUGUGUUUUCAGCUCUAGAUUACACUGGCUGCUACAUAGAUACAUUUACCAGAGCACUUCCAUAUGCAAAACAGCUAGACAUUUCGGUAGGGCACCUUACAGUCAACUGCAUUCAGGCUUGUUUCGCAUCCAAUCAGGCAUACGCAGGGCUACAAAACCAUAAGGAAUGUUUUUGUGGAUCAUCAUACAACAUCUACGGGAAAGGUGACGAAAGCACUUGUUCGUCAAUAUGCCGAGAUAGCACUGGAAUGUAUUGUGGUGGAACCUGGAGAAACUCUGUUUACAAAACAGGCUACAGUUCACGUAAAUGACGAUGAAGUUAGAUGAAAAUGAUGCGAACAUUCUGAGGAAAAGUUUUGAAAAGUGAAGAGCGUUGUCAAAUUGGGGGUUUGAAAUGCAAUAUGAGUUUUUGUAAGGCUUUGACUUUUCAAUAGCCUGCAGAGUGGACUACACCAACCAUUGACCAGUUAAACUCUUGGUCAGGGUUGUAUUUAAGUUUGGCCUAAUUUUGCUUAAUUCCUUGCAGAGUUGACAGAACAUUGCACUGUGAAAGUUCAGUAUUGUAAAUUAAGAAUCAGCACGAAAAAAAUUAUCUGAAAGAUUUAUUGUCAGUUAUGUUAUUAACGAAAUGUUUUCGUUUUA